GAGGAGACUGGAGACAUGCAGAAAAUAGCAGAUAAUCAACUACAGAAAAUCAAAGACCAGCACAUAACCAGCAUGAAGAACAAGUAUGAGAGAUUAUGUGAGGGACUGAAACUCCAGGAGAAUGAAAGCCUCCUGAACAGCAUCUACACACAGCUCUACAUCAUAGAGGGAGAGAGAGAACGAGUGAAUGAAGAACAUGAAGUUUUACAGAUGGAGAAAACAUCCAAAACACAACACUCACAAGACACUGCAAUUGACUGCAAUGACAUAUUUAAAGCCUCCGCUGAAGCAGGAUCUGAGGAGAAAGACCAGAUCAAGACUGUUCUUACAAACGGCAUCGCUGGAAUCGGAAAAACCGUCUCUGUGCAGAAGUUCAUUCUGGACUGGGCCGAGGGAAAAGCCAAUCAGGAUGUAGAUUUCAUGUUUGUGCUUCCAUUUCGAGAGCUGAACUUGAUCCGAGAUCAUCAGUACAGUCUUCACAGACUUCUGCUGGACUUUCAUCCUGAACUUCAAGAUCUGGACCCACAGAUGUAUGAGGAGUGUAAAGUUGUGUUCAUCUUUGAUGGUCUGGAUGAAAGCAGAAUCACACUGAUGUUUUCAGACGCUCAGAAAGUUUGUGAUGUGACUGAGACUUCAUCAGUGGCUGUGUUGAUGUCAAAGCUCAUGAAAGGAGAGCUGCUUCCUUCUGCUUUCAUCUGGAUCACCUCCAGACCAGCAGCAGCCAAUCAGAUCCCCUCCAAAUACAUCCACCGUCUGACAGAAAUUCAGGGAUUCAAUGAGCCUCAGAAGGAGGAAUAUUUCAGGAAGAGAAUCAGUGAUGAGCAUCAAGCCAGCAGAAUCAUCUCACACAUCAGAAGAGCAAGAAGCAUCCACAUCAUGUGCCACAUCCCCGUCUUCUGCUGGAUCUCAUCCACUGUGCUUCAGAAGCUCAUGGAAGAAGAUCUGAGUGCAGAAAUCCCUCAAACUCUGACUGAAACGUACAUCCACUUCCUGCUGAUUCAGAUCAACAUGAGGAAGCAGAAGUAUGAAGAGAGAGAUCCAGAGAAACUCCUGCAGUCCAACAGAGAAGUGAUUGUGAAACUUGCUGAAGUGGCUUUCAAACAACUGAUGAAGGGCAAUGUGAUGUUCUAUGAGGAGGACCUGAUUGAGAGCGGCAUAGACAUCACUGUUGCUUCAGUGUAUUCUGGGAUUUGCACUGAGAUCUUUAAGGAGGAAUCUGUGAUUCAUCAGAGGAAAGUUUACAGCUUUGUUCAUCUGAGCGUUCAGGAGUUUCUUGCUGCUUUCCAUGUGUUUUACUACCACAUAAGCAUCAAUACAGAAGAAUGUUUUGAUUCACUGCACAAACUCUAUGAAAGAGUAGUAGACAAAACCCUUAAGAGUGAGAAUGGACAGCUUGAUCUGUUCCUGCGGUUCCUUCUGGGCAUCUCACUGGAGUCCAAUCAGAGACUGUUACAGGAUCUACUGAAACACACAGAGAACAGCUCAGAGACCAUCAGUGAAAUCACACAGUACAUUACAGAGAAGAUCAAAGAUGGACAUGAACUCUCCACUGAAAGAUCCAUCAAUCUGUUCCUCUGUCUGCUGGAAGUAAAAGAUGAGACUCUGUCCAGAGAGAUUCAGGAGUUUGUGAAAUCAUACAAACACUCAGAGAAGAAACUCUCUGCUGCUCACUGCUCAACAAUCUCCUACAUGCUUCAGAUGUCAGAGGAAGUGCUGGAUGAGCUGGACCUCCAGAAAUACAACACAUCAGAUGAGGGCAGAAGAAGACUGAUACCUGCUGUGAUCAACUGCAGAAAAGCUCUUCUUGCCGGCUGUAAUCUCAACGCUCAGUGUUGUGAAGUUGUUUCAUUAGCUCUACAAUCCCCAUACUCUGUCCUGAGAGAGCUGGAUAUGAGUGAGAUGGCAGACAGUGUGUACGGUGUCGUGUGGGUCAGCGGUUUGCUGAUGUCAACGUUGUGGAUCGAGUGGUCCAUGGUGGCAAUGGGGUUAAGGUUGUCUGGCUGCAUGGUGACAGAGGAAGGCUGUGGUUAUUUGUCUUCAGCUCUGAAUUCAAACCCCUCACACCUGAGAGAGCUGGAUCUCAGCUACAAUCACCCAGGACCUUCAGGAGUCCAGCUGCUCAAACACAAACUGCAGGAUCCUAACUAUAAACUGGAGAAACUCAAUCUGGAUAAUCCAGGAGAGUCAAUGAUGAAAGCAGGACCACAAAAAUAUGCCUGUGAUCUCACACUGGAUCCAAACACAACAAACGCUCAACUCAGUCUGUCUGAGAACAACAGGAAGGCAGAAUAUGUCAAACACGAUGAGUCAAAUCCUGAUCCAAAACCUCAGUCGUAUCCUAAUCAUCCAGAUAGAUUUGAGCAACAUGAGCAGGUUCUGUGUGUUGAGAGUCUGACUGGACGUUGUUACUGGGAGGCUGAAUGGAGUGGGUUUGUUGAAAUAUCAGUGACACAUAGAGGAAUUAACAGGAAAGGAGGGAAUGACAGUUGGUUUGGAUACAAUGACAAAUCCUGGACUCUGUACUGCUCUGCUAAAGGAUUCACUGUCUGGCACAACAAUGAGAGCACUGACAUCUCUGUACGUUUGUCUAAUAGAGUAGGAGUGUAUGUGGAUGUGGCGGCUGGGUCUCUGUCCUUCUACAGCGUCUCUGACACACACACACUCACACGCUUACACACAUUCAACACCACAUUCACUGAACCCCUCUGUGCUGGAUUUGGGGUUCAUUCCGACUCCACAAUAUCUUAUAACAGCUGUGUCGUCAUCAGUGCUCCUGCAGUCGCUCUGGAGAAACUGCAGCGACUGAGUCAGCCGGCUGCUCUCGAAACGCUCUCGCGGUACUUUGAUGUCACAGGUGACAGUCAUGUGGCGUCGGCACCUUCUCAAGUCGGACAAAAUUUCUAA